CUCUUAGAGCACCUCGUAUCGUACCUCCCAAGGACCUAAAUAGCCCAAAUACCCAUUCAACCAAAACAGCAGACGUAAGAACGGAAUAUAUGACACUUUGACAAAUGGCGCCUUUUCCGUUCCCGACACUGAGUUCAAAAUCACGGCAGCGCGACUUAGUGUAAGUUUUGUGACAAUUGCUAAUUUCUCAGAUUUGCAAUAUAUUUUCAACCAACGUGCAUGAGAAUUGUUAUGAUAAGUACUUGGUCAUCUAUGUUACCGGAAUGUCUUUCAACUUUUUUGGUUGUAGAAAGAUGGCGGAAGCUGCAGCCAAAUCCGUGCUGGGUACGAUCAGUCGGGGACACCUCGAAUGCCCGAUUUGUUGCUGUCGUUUCGCCGAUCCCAAGAUACUGGACUGUCUGCACAACUUUUGCCUAAACUGUCUACUCGAGCUCAUCAGCAGACAGCAACCCAAGGCAGACGAGAUUACUUGCCCAGUUUGCAGGCGGGUAACUGCGGUACCAGACACCGGAUUGCAGGGUCUACCAAAAUGCUUUUUCCUGAGUAACCUCGUCGAUGAAUUUAACAAACAGGAGAGGUUACUUGGCGACGGGCCAACGGAUGCUCCAACGUGUGAGGAAUGCGACGAGGGCUUGGAAGCCAUUUCAAAGUGUUUAGACUGCUGCAAACUUAUCUGCACGAAAUGCCUCGAAGCCCACGAGCGCUUGAAAUCCAUGAGACACCAUCGGAUAAUUGGAAAAGAAGACCACGAAUUCGCUGAAGCCUUGAUCGGUCCUCGAAAGAAAGGUAAUUUGAAAUGUAACAAACACCAUAACCAGGAUAUAUGUCUUUACUGCGAGACAUGCAAGACGUUGGCGUGUGCGGCAUGUGCUGCAUUAGAUCAUCGAGGAGCGGAGCAUGAAUACAUAGUAGUCGCUGAUGCCAUUCGAUUGUACCGUCAGGAUGUCGGCGAGAUUCUGCAAAGGUUCGAACAGAACAGAGAGGAAUUCAAAGUCGCCGACGAUUCACUAUCACAUGCAAGGAACAGGUUGAGAAUCAAGGUCGCCCGGACUUGUAAAGACGUUACCACCAAAGAGGAAGAAGAGAUAUCAAAGAUCAGAAACAAAUCUCGCCUUCUGAGGGACAAAGUAACCCAAAUCGGAGAAGCACGAGAAAGGAAGUUCGAAGAAGUCCAGAAAAGCAAUUGUGACAAGAUGAAGCGGGCUGAGCAAAUCGUAGCGACAGUCAACGACUUGAUGCAGCAAGCUGACGACUUUGAGCUUUUGGACCUCAAACCCAAGGUGAUGCACAACUUAGAGUUCCAGGAUGAACUCGACUUUGAGCAGGCACAGCAUGAGCUCUCAUUCAUUGGGGUCAAAUGUCAAGAUGUCGUGGCAGAUACAGACAUCGGUGAAGUACUUCAGAAAGAAAACUGGCAGUUGAAAGUAGAGUUUGGUGAGACGGGGCAAGAAGAUGGGACAUUUCUAUGUGCUGCAGGCGUCGCGUGUCUAAGCAAUGGUGACAUAGCCGUAACCGACAUGGAGAAAUCGAAGUUGAUGGUUUUUACUUCCACUGGGGAGUAUAAAAAAAAUGUUGGUGGGGAGCAGUUGAAUAACCCUGGAUUUGUUGCUGUGACCACUGAUGGUCUUCUUCUUGUCGCAGAUAAAAAUUAUGUAAAGGUGUUGGACUCCAGUCUAUCGGUCAUUAGACAGUUUGCAACAUCACCUGACGAUGCAGACGAUAAGACUGAUUUAUCUGAUAUCACUGUGGACAAGGAGAAUCGGAUAGCAGUGGCAGACUCAAAGAGAAAAAUUAUUUCUUUGCACCAUUUGGAUGGGUCCUUAAUUAGAACCAUUCCCAAUGACAUGUUCGGUGGUGGUUUGGCCAUCGGGAUUAGGGAACGCUUGGUCUUCACAAACUUCUAUGAGAGCAAGUUGAUUUGCACUACCUAUACGGGAGAUGAGGUGUUCAAUGUCGAUACUUUACUUGACGGGGAACCAGCAUGUCCCUGGGGCGUGUGCUGCGAUGAUGCUGGGGACAUCUUUGUUAACGUUGGCAGUGAACGAUUUGAUAGCUGUGAAGUGCACCAUUAUUCACCUGCGGGGGUCUUCAUUGGGCGUGUGGCUCGCGGACUUCACUCUCCCGUCAGCCUGACAUUCUCUCAAAACGGAGACCUCGUGGUGGCUGAUGGGGUCUCCGUCAAGAUCUUCCAGCGGGUGUGA